GUCCCGCGCCGAGCCCAGGCAGCGCUUCCCCGGGCAGGCAGCAUGCAGGCCCCGCACAAGGAGCACCUGUACAAGCUGCUGGUGAUCGGCGACCUGGGCGUGGGCAAGACCAGCAUCAUCAAGCGCUACGUGCACCAGAACUUCUCCUCGCACUACCGCGCCACCAUCGGCGUGGACUUCGCGCUCAAGGUGCUGCACUGGGACCCGGAGACCGUGGUGCGCCUGCAGCUCUGGGACAUCGCAGGUCAAGAGAGAUUUGGAAACAUGACAAGAGUCUAUUACCGCGAAGCUAUGGGCGCAUUUAUUGUCUUCGAUGUCACCAGGCCAGCCACCUUUGAAGCAGUGGCCAAGUGGAAAAGUGACUUGGACUCAAAGUUAACUCUUCCCAAUGGCAAGCCAGUGUCAGUAGUUUUGUUAGCUAACAAAUGUGAUCAGGGGAAGGACGUGCUCCUGAAUAAUGGCCUCAAGAUGGACCAGUUCUGCAAGGAGCAUGGUUUCGUAGGAUGGUUUGAAACGUCAGCAAAGGAAAAUAUAAACAUCGAUGAAGCCUCCCGAUGCCUGGUGAAACACAUACUUGCUAACGAAUGCGACCUCAUGGAGUCUAUUGAACCCGACGUUGUGAAGCCCCACCUCACAGCACCCAGGGUUGUCAGCUGCUCUGGCUGUGCCAAAGCCUAGUAGGCUCUUCACUGACAUGUGACAGACACAAUCCCAUGAUCUCAUAAAUUGUGCCUCAAUUUUUACCAUAUUGGGUAAGCCUCAAGAUAGGGAAACACAUGUGAUAAGCCAAAGAUCUAUGACUGUACAUUUCUGUAAGAGAGAAAUAGCAACUGUGCUUUUUUUUUUAAGUUUUCCCACCAUCAUCACAGUGUUUACAGCUUUUUAAAUACAAUAUUGGUUAAAAAAAAUUUUGUUAUAUUGCCUUGCAAAACUUCCCAGGUACAGGAAGAGUCAGCUGUGAUAUUUACUCCAUUAAAUCAGCACAGGCCUAUGGCCUUGCAGAGACUGGGAAUAAGAGUAAACCUGCUGUCAAGCUAAGCACUGGUGUUUGCCAUUCCCUGGUGUGUCCUUGUUCAGAUUUCAGUGUUUUCUGAUGGUCCGAUAGUGCUAUUAUACAGAAACAGUAUGUUCUCUCCUUUAGCAGACUUAAGAGUUGCCUGUGAUGUGGAGCGGAGUUGUGCACACAGGCUUCCUGAGCUUCUGUUACCUUCACCAUCACUUACUAUGCCCUGAAUGCUGGCUUAACUAAAACCUGUAUGAAAAGAUUUGCCUGAUUCAAGCUGUGGGUCUUCUCAGCGCAUGUAAGAUAUAUUAUAUAUAUUUUUCACAAGUGAAAAAUAAAACAUUAAAAGAUGCUGUUUCUCUAGUUCUGAAA